AUGUCUACAACAUUGACCAAAUAUUCACAGCACUUAUAUCAAAAUUUAUGCAUUCAAGACUUUAGCUCUAUCGAGACAGUGCGCGCUGCAUACAAAAUGAUGGCUCUGCGCUGCCACCCCGACAAGAAUCUCGACGACCCAAACUCCGCCAAUAAGUUUCGCGAGGUCCAGAUUGCGUACGAUGUGCUUUCCAAUGAAGAGCGAAAGAAAACGUACGAUGCCGAGCUUCACCACUUUAAGUCUGCUAAGGUCCUUGGGGGUCUUGCCCCUGGCAAGAGCGGCCAUCGGAACCACGGUCCCAAGGGCGACGCCGUCGACCUGAGCCAAGGCACGGAGGAACAUCCCUCCCCAUCCAGCCCGGGCCUCGACUUCCACCUUAACUUUAGCAUCAACGAGGAGCUCCACCGCUACCGCGCGAGUCGGACAAGCUUCGCGAGCACACGGGCCAACUCCAGCCACCCCCUCGGCUACAAGGUGGAUCCCGCGACGUCGAGCUACACCCAGGCUCAGCAGGAGAUGUUCCGCCGCCGCGAGCGGGAGCGCCAGGCGGAGCUGAGAAAGCAGCUUGAGCGGGAGCGGCGCGAGCGGCGGGAGCGAGAACGGGAGCAGCGUCGCCGGGAGCAGGAGCGCCGCGAGGAGCAGCUCCAGCGGCAGUGGUCCCAGCAACAGAAGUGCUUCAUGGCGGGGCCAUCGCUGCGGCGCCCGCGCGGGCCCGUGGCCCCCUCUGUGGUCCUCCCCACAAGCCGCGGCUGCACCCCCCACCCCGACCUCCCCGAGGCCCUGCGCGUAACAACGCCGCGUUCCGGCCUCUCCGGGCUGUCUAGUCACAGCCACGGGCUCGGGCUUGGACGGCCGUCCUCGGCCGGGGGGUCGCUGCGCCCCGUGCACGUGCGGCCGACCGUCGACCUGGCGCGAACGACGGCCGCGGUGACGGCGACGCCGAGGGGGGUCGCCAGGCGGCUCGCCCCUGCCUCCCCACGCGACCGCGUGAGGCCGCGGCCGACGUCCGCCCCCCCCUACCGACCCCACGUGCAGGCUGACAGCGCGGGGCCGGGUCAGGAGGGGGACGCCGGCGGUGGCCAUGAGACGGAGAAGGCAAAGGAGGAGGAAGGAAGGAGGGGCCCCUGCAGCCAUGGGCCCCGCUUGGAGCCGAACAGCAGCCGCGCCGAGCGACUGGAGCGACUUCGCCAACAACAGGCUAAGGCUCGGGCGGAGCAGGAUGCCGAAGCUAGGGCGAACCCUACUGUCUUCUUCACACGGCAACUAAGCAUGACCGUAGCGGACGAGCGAAGCGAGCGGGAGCAGCUGAUUGAAAAGGAAGAGGCGUUGGCGUGGUGCCGCCUGCUCCGGCAAUCACAGACCAUUUUGAAUGAGCUUAUUUGUAAUCAAUAUGUGCGAAAAGCCCUCCAGAAAAAGGCUAUCCAGUGUGAGAUCUUGUUCCAACACGCCAUAAAAGAAUACACGAUGCCUGUGUGCAUGGCAAAGGAACUAUUGGAACGCCGAAAACUCGAAAUAUUUGAGCGUAAGGCGCGCAAAGCAUUAGCUGGGCGUGAGGCUAACGCGUUGUAUUAUGUGAUACGAAACAUCAAAACGAUGAAGUCUCUCUUGGCUCAAGAAGCUCCAGAGCGCAGGCGACUGCAGGAGUUGGAGCAGUUCAGGUCGAGGUAUCUAUUCAAAGUUGUAUUUCCUGAAAUCUCUGAGCGUAUUCACCUGCGGGAGGUGGAGUCCCGCAUGCGAUGCAAUAUCAUCCGGCGAGCUCGUGAUUCUAUACCGAGCUCUUCGCCGCUGAAAAGGGCUGUUGGGGCCAAUCCGAGCGUUCAUUUGCCGCCACGUGAAUGUGCAAGCCCUUGUUCAGAUACCCAGUCGCUUUCCACUAAUGGCAGCACAGCGAAUGCCAGUAACAUUUCCCCACACGCUCGCUCAUCUGCCGCGCUCAACACAAUUGCCGCCGUGACGACUACCGCAGUCAACGAGCUUAUUGUGGGUUCACGUGAGAAUCGAAGUGGAGUGGAGAUAUCCUCCUUAGACAACGUGCCCCUUACCAUGUUGUCGGAGCAACGCUGCACCCGACUGCUCAGCGUUGAGAGGCGCGUCCGUGCUAAUUUAGAAGAUAUUUAUGAUGGUGAAUUUCUUCGGAUCAUUCGCUUGCGUGCGAAUACGAUUCAUCAUUGCUACAGGAGAGAGAUCCAGGCCGUUGCGCGGCGUGUGUUACAGACCUCACAGGAAGAGGUGCGUGCCCUUCGGAAGCAUAUCGCUUCAUUGGAAGCAAGGCUAAAAGAGCCGUUUCGUCAGGUCCCGUCUGAUACUCUAAAGCUUUUUUAA